CCCAGUCAUGAGCGCACUGGGCACGCGCGGCUUUCCGUCGCUGCCGUUGGUUCCCUACCAGCAUCUGUUCCUCCGUUGGUAUUAAAAAUAGACCGGUGCUGAUAACAGACUUAUGUUUCGGCUUCAUCACUCGCCGUCGGGAAUCGCUUGCGCGCUACUUUCAUCUUAAUCACCGAACCGUGACCGGUGGGAGCGUAAAUGCGCAUCGGUGUGCGCAUCUCUGAAUCUUUGGAACCUCGCCGUGGACAAUCUCCCUGACAUCCAAAGACAUCUUCCCCGCAAUCCCAGCGAGGCUUCUUCGCCGCCUAUGGCCGCAGAUCAGCUCGGCUGGCCUCGUCCCGGACCUUUCACCCACGGCUGCCCUCCAAAAGGUGUUUGAAUCAGGGAGACAUCUCCACGGGAUUAAAAAAAAAAUAAAAAUAAAAAAUCACCUCGGCUGGCUGCUUUUAAAGAACCCGGUGCUAUGCUGGGCCCAUCUUUUUAGAUCUCGUGAUCAAUAUCCUACACCGUCUCUCCUCCCACAUUCGUCCGACCGAGAGACCUUAUCGAGCCCUAACGAUGCAUCCUAACGCGGUGAUGCUGGCGGUGGUACUUCUGGGCAACUUGAUGCUGCCCUUUGCCUCGGCUCAAAACGCUGGGUUUGUGAAGUCGCCACUGUCUGAGACUAAGCUUACCGGGGAUACCUUUGAGCUGUACUGCGAGGUGGUCGGUAACCCCACUCCAGAGAUCCAGUGGUGGUACGCCGAAGUCAACCGGGCCGACUCCUUCAAGCAGCUUUGGGACGGAGCCCGGAAGCGCCGAGUGUCCAUCAACACGGCCUACGGCACCAAUGGGGUCAGUGUGCUCGGCAUCACGCGCCUCACACUGGAGGACUCGGGGACCUAUGAGUGCAGGGCAAGCAACGACCCCAGGCGCAAUGAUCUCCGACAAAACCCGGCUAUCACCUGGAUCCGCGCCCAGGCCACCAUAUCAGUGCUACAGAAACCAAAGAUCAAUGCCUCUGAUCAGAUCAUCCUGCCCCUGGACGGACCUGUCAAAUCGGUUACCCUACAUUGCAACCUGACUGCUGCCCAUACGCCCCACAAGGACAGCUUCUGGAUGAAGAAUGGACGCGAGAUUCCAAACACACGGGGAGAAGAGAGAACCAGAUCGUUCAGAAUCUCUAAACCUCGAGCAGACGAUUCGGGGGAAUACAUGUGCGUUUACACAUUUGAUAAAGCACCAAAUGCAAACGCAACAAUUGAAGUGAAAGCAAAACCCUACAUCACGGGGCACAAGCGAAGUGAAAAUAAAAACGAGGGGGAAAAUGCCAUGAUGUACUGCAAGUCUGUCGGCUACCCGCACCCAACUUGGACGUGGCGAAAAGUGGACGGAACAUCUUACAAGGAUAUUGACAACUCUACAGGACGCUUCUUCAUCACAAACAGAGACAACUACACAGAGAUCAACAUACUGAACCUAGAUAUAACCACGGAUCCUGGAAUAUAUGAAUGCAACGCAACCAAUGUCAUUGGAAACACUGCGGAGACCACGAUACUACGAGUGCGCAGCCAUCUUGCGCCGCUUUGGCCUUUUCUGGGAGUGCUCGCAGAAAUUAUCAUCCUCGUCGUCAUCAUCGUUGUGUAUGAGAAACGCAAGAGGCCAGAUGACAUUAUUGAUGACGAUGAACCAGUCGGACCAGCGAAAACAAACUCAACAAACAACCACAAGGACAAAAACAUACGCCAGAGGAAUACAAAAUAAGCAAUUUACUCAAAUGAGAUGGAUAAACUGCAUUUUUUGACUACAUGAAAGUAUCAAAGGUUGACAAAACUCCAGGCAGUGUGGAAUAACCCAUAUCCUGUCUCAUUCUAUGAGAAACAAUAUCAGCACAACACUGGCAACAAUAAGAACUUACUGUAAUGGCUGUCUUAAGCAUGCCUUAUCCAGUCUUAGAUGGCAAUUUCAGGAUGAUGAAUAAUGACUAACACGCCACAAAGGUGUACACAUUUCCAAUGUGUUGUUGAUGUCUCCUUUAUUAAUUUUAACAUAUCCUCAACUGAGGUGAUCCCUUUUGUAUUACAUAUCAUGUACAAUGCAUGCAAGAUAAUAACGCAAUAGGAUACUCAGAAUAGACAUUUUCUGUUGUUAUCCCUCGUGUGGCUUUUCUGC